AUCUGGGCAGAGAUUAUGCAAUCGGCAUCUCUUCUUCUCUAUUUAUACCACUAUUGCCAUUUAUUCACACGUAGGAAAACAAUAAAUACUGCUCUGCUUCUUUGCUUUAUCUGUCUCAAAAAUGUCGAUAUUUUCCUUAAUCCUUUUAUAUUGUCCUGUGUUUCUGGGUUUUCUCAAUCUUCAAGCCCGUCAUGUAGCAACAUAAACCUAUUUGGUUCUACAUCCGGAAUUCAACAGACUAGCAAUUCCAGUGUGUUUGGAACAAUAACCUCAUCUCCUUUUGGAAGCUCAACAUCUUUUGGCGGACCACAUGUCUUUAAUGCAGCAACGAAUGCUACAUCUGGUCAAACACAAACGUAUCUAUGGGCUCGUCCACUUUACCGACAUUUGGAAAGAAAUAUGACGUUAAUAGUGUGGCCAAUGAACCUCUGGUGUGGUCCGGGGAUGUCAAUGUCUCAGACUCCUCCAUUCUUGGAUAUCAAAGAUCUCUCCUGCAUUUGGUGUUCCAAGCAACUCACACUUUGGCCCCCCAAGAUUUGAUUCCUAUUACUUUGGCCAACCAGCAGUAUCCAUGUCCGGGAGCAAAGGUUUACUUUAUUGUCAUUUUCUCAUGUAUUGAAGCGGAUGAUAUAAGAUUAUAUACUGUUCAAUAUGCAUUACUAUAUGCUCUACAUUGAUCUGAAAUCCAUGUUGCUCUUUUGUUAAAUAUUAGUACCAAUGACUGUUCUUAUUUUAUAUUUUUGGAUAUCCUAAGUGUUUAAUCUUAGAUCAAAAUAAGUGGCUAGCAACUGGAUAUGUUCGAACAAUUGAUCGCGCCCUUAGUCUCCUGGAGUGGUAGGUCGAUGAAGCUUUACAAAAAGCAAAGACACUCCUGGCACAAUCACUUGUUCUAACAUAUCCAUUUGCUAGAAAUUUAAUUGGUCUGAUCAUUCUUAUGUGGUUUUUCUGUUUAAAGAUAUCUGACAUUCAUCAUGUCUUA